AGUGGCCCGACGGAAGGAGAAAAGUAGGUCAGCAAGCGCUGUGUUUAUGUCACAGUUCCUCCCUGUGAGCUACAGUGCGAGCGGAUUCAGCGACUUUAAUGGAAUAUAAUAUAAUUUAAAAUAAUAUAAUAUAAUGUGAUGCUGUUGAACGCCUCGGGACACUUGGAACCCCAGCGUCGGACUUCACGUGAUGAUCUAAUGGCGGACCAAAGAAUGGACAUUUCCUCCACAAUGAACGACUUCAUGUCCCCCAGUUCCACAGAGUUGAUCAGUAGUUCUGUCGGGACGCCCGGGAUGGACUACACACGCAAGAGGAAGGGCAGCGCUACAGACUACCAACUCGAUGGAUUUCCUUUCGAUGAUGGUAUGGACACGGAUAAGGAUAAACAAUUAGGAAGAGACGACCAGCAGGGCCGGAUAAAAAACGCCAGGGAAGCCCACAGUCAGAUCGAGAAGAGGCGCAGGGAUAAGAUGAACAGUUUUAUAGAUGAACUGGCGUCGUUAGUGCCGACGUGCAACGCCAUGUCUCGCAAGCUGGACAAGCUGACGGUCCUGCGCAUGGCUGUGCAACACAUGAAGACGUUACGAGGAGCUACAAACCCGUACACGGAAGCAAACUACAAGCCAGCGUUUUUAUCCGACGACGAACUCAAGCAUCUGAUACUGAGAGCCGCCGAUGGCUUCCUGUUCGUUGUAGGAUGUGAUCGCGGUAAAAUCCUGUUUGUCUCGGAGUCUGUAUACAAAAUUCUCAACUACAGCCAGAACGAUCUGAUUGGUCAGAGCCUGUUCGACUACCUGCAUCCAAAGGACAUCGCCAAAGUGAAAGAGCAGCUCUCGUCCUCCGAUACGGCACCAAGGGAACGACUGAUCGAUGCCAAAACUGGUUUGCCUGUAAAGACGGACAUUACUCCCAGUCCCUCCAGGCUCUGCUCGGGGGCUCGUCGCUCCUUCUUCUGUAGGAUGAAGUGCAACCGGCCGUCUGUCAAAAUGGAGGACAAAGACUUUCCCUCCACCUGCUCCAAGAAGAAAGCAGACCGGAAGAGCUUCUGCACCAUCCACAGCACGGGUUACCUGAAGAGCUGGCCUCCUACCAAGAUGGGCCUGGACGAGGACAACGAGCCUGAUAACGAGGGCUGCAACCUGAGCUGCCUAGUGGCCAUCGGCCGUCUGCACCCCCACAUCGUCCCUCAGCCGGCGAACGGAGACAUCCGCGUCAAACCCACCGAGUACGUCUCCCGCCACGCCAUCGACGGCAAGUUUGUCUUCGUCGACCAGAGAGCGACGGCCAUUCUCGCAUAUUUACCUCAGGAGCUUCUGGGAACGUCCUUCUACGAGUAUUUCCAUCAGGACGACAUCGGACAUCUCAUCGAAUGCCACAGACAAGUUCUGCAGAUGAGAGAAAAGAUCAGCACCAACUGUUACAAGUUUAAGAUCAAAGACGGCUCCUUCAUCACUCUGAGAAGCCGCUGGUUCAGUUUCAUGAACCCCUGGACCAAAGAGGUGGAGUACAUCGUCUCCACCAACACCGUGGUCUCAGGCAGCGUGCUGGAAGGAACGGAGGCCAACUACCCUCAAUCCGCUUCCUCGCCUCAGAGCAUGGACAGCGUGCUGACGUCUGGAGACGGUGGAGGGAAACGGGCCCUCCAGACGGUCCCGGGCAUCCCAGGAGGCACGCGAGCCGGAGCCGGUAAACUCGGCCGCAUGAUCGCCGAAGAGGUGAUGGAGAUCCAGAGGAUUCGAGGCUCGUCUCCGUCUAGCUGUGGUUCCAGCCCACUCAAUAUCACCAGCACUCCACCACCGGACACCUGCUCGCCGGGGGGCAAGAAAAUUCAAAACGGUGGAACCCCAGACCUGCCGUCCAGCGGACUCGUACCUGGACCGGACUCGAUAGGAUACCCGUACUCCAACAACCCCAUCAUGAGUGAUAACUCCCACCUCAGCAUCGACAUCAUGGACGAGCCGGGCUCCAGCAGCCCCAGUAACGACGAGGCAGCCAUGGCCGUCAUCAUGAGCCUGCUGGAGGCCGACGCCGGUCUCGGAGGCCCGGUGGACUUCAGCGAUCUGCCCUGGCCCUUGUGAGACUUUAUAUAGGAGAAGCGGCUCUCAGUCGGACCGUGACCUCUGAGGAUCAGGCCCCACCCAGAGCGACCACUUAACCCCCGACACUGAGCAGGAAUCACAGAAAAAAUGCUCAUGUCAUGGAGAACUUGCAUCGCUGCUGCUGUAGAGCCCACACACACACACACACACACACCUGUACAUAAAGAGACCUCGAUUAUAUCUUUGUGGUUUAAUGUUUUUACACUACAGAAAUGGUAUAAAUGUUGAAUAUUCUAUAAUGCUGUAAUUCCAUCUUUUAUGCACAAGUAUCUCUGCUAAGUGUAUUGUAACAGCAGUUGAUUUUAUUUUUAAAAUACAUCGUGUUUCCUCCUCGGC